AUGGCCCACGGUUUGGUGACCUUCUCGGAUGUGGCCAUCGACUUCUCUCAGGAGGAGUGGGCAUGUCUGGACUCCAGGCAGAGGGACUUGUACUGGGAUGUGAUGCUGGAGAACUACAGUAACCUGGUCUCACUUGAUUUGGAAUCACCAUAUGAGACCAAGAGUUUACCUUCACAAAAGAACACUUAUGGGAUGAAUUUUUCCAAACGGACCUCAAAUAGAAAAAGUAAAUCCCGUGGCCUUGGCUGGAUAUGUGAAGGUGAGCUGGACAGAUCACGGGCCCCUCAAGGGGGACGUGCCAGUCAAAGGAUAAUCAGCUGUGGGGAUACCCCCGCUUAUAGAGAAAGCACCCCUGUUCGGCCACAGCAGAGACUCCCUAACAGGGAAAAUUCCUAUGAAUGUAAGGAAUGUGGGAAGGCCUUUAGCCGAGGCUAUCAGCUUACUCAGCAUCAGAAGAUUCAUACAGGUGAGAAGCCUUAUCAGUGUAAAGAUUGUAAAAAGGCCUUCCGUUGGGGCAAUCAGCUUACUCAGCAUCAGAAAAUCCACACUGGUGAGAAACCUUAUGAAUGUAAAGACUGUGGGAAGGCCUUCCGAUGGGGCUCGAGCCUCGUGAUCCAUAGGCGAAUCCACACGGGAGAGAAGCCCUACGAGUGUAAGGACUGCGGGAAGGCCUUCCGGCGCGGUGACGAGCUCACCCAGCAUCAGAGAUUCCACACCGGUGAGAAGGACUAUGAGUGCAAAGACUGUGGCAAGACCUUCAGCCGGGUGUACAAACUCAUUCAGCACAAGCGAAUUCACAGUGGCGAGAAGCCCUUCGAGUGUAAGGACUGCGGGAAGGCCUUCAUCUGUGGCUCGAGCCUUGUGCAACAUAAGAGAAUCCACACAGGGGAGAAGCCCUAUGAGUGCCAGGAGUGUGGCAAGGCCUUCACCCGCGUCAACUAUCUCACCCAGCAUCAGAAAAUCCACACGGGGGAGAAGCCUCAUGAGUGUAAGGAGUGCGGGAAGGCCUUCCGUUGGGGUUCGAGUCUCGUGAAGCACGAGAGAAUUCACACGGGGGAGAAGCCGUAUAAAUGUACAGAAUGCGGAAAGGCCUUUAACUGCGGCUACCACCUCACUCAGCACGAGAGGAUCCACACUGGCGAAACGCCUUACAAAUGCAAGGAGUGUGGAAAGGCCUUUAUCUACGGCUCGAGCCUUGUCAAGCACGAGCGCAUUCACACAGGGUUUAAGCCCUAUGGGUGUCAGGAGUGUGGGAAGGCCUUCAGUCACAGCCACCAGCUGACACAGCAUCAGAAAACCCACACUGGUGAGAAGCCCUCUGAAUGUAAGGAGUGUGGAAAGGCCACAUGUAACCACGGAAACCACCUUCGAGACCAUGAGAGGAUUCCCGCCGUUGAAAAGCCUUUCGUGUACAAGGCCUCCCUUCAACAUUCGUUUCUUCCACGACAUGAGGAAAAUUUGUGUUGAGAGUGAAUGCAAGGAAGCCUUCACUGGUCGCCCUUCUGCUUAUAGACUAUCAGAAGUCAUGUGAGCGGUGAAUUUGGAGAAUCGCUUUUUCUUAUUGAUCACAGCAUACUCAGCUGUCAGCGGUUAUCUCCUGGAUUAGGUUAGUUUCAAGGAGAGCAUAGAAACCUUCCAGUACCGCUUCAUCUCUGUCGUAUUUCAGAUGUGUUCUAAGGUGAAACUCUGCUAGUGAGUUUGUGGGAGAGCUUUUCUUGUGGCACUUAACCCAACCUGUUACCACCACCCUCCUACCUCUCACUGCCUGAGAGACACUGGAAAAAGGAGCUCUUACCCACUGUGCUUUAUUCAUGAAGUGGGGAUAAUCACACCUAACUAAUACUGCUGUCGUGGUGAUUAGAUGAGUUUGGUACAUGUGAACUCCCUGAACAUGUAUCUGAAAUAUUGUGUAAGCUCAAUAAAUAUUAGCUGCUGUUGUUGUUCUCAUUAGCAUUAGCAUUGCUAUUAGUUAUUACAGGAAGACAUCCUGUAGGAGCAGUGAGUUGAGAAAAGUCUGUCAGAGUUCUGUAAGAAAAUAUAGGGACUUCCCUAGUGGUCCAGUGGUUAGGACUCUGCUUCCACUGUGGAGGAUGCAGGUUCAGUCCCUGGUCAGGGAACUAAGAUCCCACAAGCCGCGUGGUGCACCCCAAGAAAAAGAAGAAGAAAAUAGAGGAGAUUGCCAUAACCGUGGGGCGGGCAACAUUUCUUAGUACACAGAAAACUCUCAACGGAAAAUGAAAAGUUAUUAAGUUGGAAUUUAUCGAAAGUUCAAAGUUCCGGUCAUCGAGUGACAUCAUGAAGGUGAUGAAAAAGCAAGAAGCAGACUGGAAGAAGACAUUUACCUGAAUGUGAUGAAGGAUUCACAAAGGAUAAAAAGAAUUCUUCAAGUCAAUAAUAAAAUAGCAAGUCAAUUGAAAGGUGAAGGGAGGGGCUUCCCUGGCAGUCCAGUGGUUAGGACUCCAUGCUUUCACUGCCGAGGGCAUUGGUUCAGCCCCUGGUUGAGGGACUAAGAUCCCACAAGCUGCACAGUGCGGCCAAUAAAAAUAAUAAAUACAAGGUGAAAGGAGACCUAGGUAAUCAUGUAAGAUCAUCAAAUGUCAAGUAAGUGGAGAUGAGUUAAAUGUCAUCAUUCCAGGGAUAUGCAAAGUCAGGUUGCCCUGGGAGUCACUAAACACCAGAAUGGCUGACACUGAAAUUGCAUAUGAGCCAAUGUCUUUGCUGAAUGUUCACACAUGGCCUGUUGAAGGAACAGAACCAGCACACUGGACCUCUCCAGGUU